CACGUUUGAUACGAAGAAACGGAUGAAGCAAGCCGGUGGUGUGGUGUGUCUGAGCGUGGCCGGGGGAAUCAAGAUUUAGGUCUUACCAUGCCCCUUGACACGUAACCCGUGACCAUGUGGAGGACUAAGUGGUUCCAGUUUGCAGUGAUGAGCGCCCUCUACAUGGCCGUCUGGCUGUCGUGCUCAAUCAUCGCUCCUUUCUUUCCACCAGAGGCAAUCAAGAAAGGAGCCAAUCAGACGGCAGCUGGUUUCGUUUUUGGCGCGUUUUCGAUGACAUCAUUCCUAAUUGGAACGCCGUUCGGUCGAGUUGUCUCGAAGGUAAACGUUAAAGUCAUGUUUCUUAUCGGCGCAGGACUGUGUAGUUGUACAAACAUCAUAUUUGGCCUUCUCGAUAAGAUCCAGAAUGGUACCCUUUUUGUAACGUCAGCACUAUUCAUGCGCGCCAUGGAGGCAGUGGGCUCGUCUGCUGCCAUGAUUGCUGCCAUGGCAAUGGUUGGCGGGAAAUACCCCGAGAAUGCACCUCAGAUGUUAGGUCUGUUGGAGAUGUUCUCUGGAUUGGCGUUUAUGAUGGGACCAAUGAUUGGAUUGAUACUUUAUCAGGCAGGUGGUUAUGGGCUUCCGUUCUUCUCCCUCGGUGGACUGUGUCUGCUACUUCUUAUCCUCAACGUCGUUGUUCUGCCUACCAAAGCGUUCGUCAGACCUAAAAUUGGAGAAAGCUUUGCGAGCUUGCUUCGCAUUCCUGCCAUAUGGCCCAUCGCCCUAGCCUUGCUUGUCAGCACAGCCACCCAAGCCGUCUUCAAUGUCGGAAUCGCCUACCAUACCCAAAAGGCGGGCCUAUUAUCAGCGGAUAAUGCAGGUGUCGUUUUCUUCAUUCAAGGUGGUUCCUACGCCCUCUCAACUCCGGUGUUCGGUUGGAUGCUUAAUAAAUUGUUGAGGUACUACUUGGUAACAACUCGUCUCAUGCUCAUUUUUGGAUGCGCUGUUCUUGCUGUCUCAUUUUUAAUGAUUGGCCCGUCUCCAUGGUUACCAUUUCUAACAAGUAAUCGCUACAUUCUAAUUGUGUCAUGUACCCUGAUUGGACUGUCUAUGGGCUUGGUUUGUGUACCCAGUAUCAUGGAUAUGGUCUUGAGUGCAAAGUGGUACGGAUUGCAGGGUGGUGCAGCAACGUAUGGAAUGGCAUCGGGUGUAUUUCUCAGCUGUUUUCACUUAGGCUCCUUCUUGGGGUCGACGGUAGGGGGCGUCCUCAUCGAUCGCUACAAGUUCGAUUUGACAGCGAGUGUUUUUGCCAUGUGCGUUCUGACAACGGCUGUUUUCGUGGCUGUGACAUUUGCAUGGGAGUAUCAGUGCGGGAAAGGGAGAAGAGAACCUUGGAAACACCACCCAGUGAGCAAAGCGCCGAUCGAAGAGACUGCAGUGUCCCUUUUGUCACAACCUCGGGACCUAGACGGGCCAGAUGAAAUCUGUGAAUUGGCCUUCUAUGAGCUAUGAGGAGUGUCACUGAUCUGUAGUUUUAAAACGCCAGUCGUCGUAAAAAGUGGAACCAUAAUGGAAGAGUUUUAACGUUUGCUGUUGCACACAGUCGCACCAGUUUUUGAAGACUGACACGUUAACGGUUUUGGAAAAUGCUUGGGGUCAACAGUGCCCACGGCAGAUUAUUUGAUCCCCUUCAUUUUUCGUCCUCUUUGCAGGCUGAUGUCCACAAGUAUCGUCACCAGGUUUAAGUAAAAUGUGGCGUAUGCAGAGCACUGUGGACAGACUUGCAAUGACUGCGAUCCUUGCACGUGACGCAUGCGUCGUGCGCAUGCACAAGUAGGCCUAGAUGCUCUUAAAAUGCUAUCUAAUAAGACCGCGCGGAAAUGAAAUGUCCCAGGCGACCCUAGCUCAUGCUUGUACAGGACACAAGGCCGGCGCUAAUUAUUCUCCUCAAGUUAUACGUCAUAAGGAAUACACCAACUAGAUACGAGUUGACUCUUUAAGAUCAGAUUUGACAAAUAUAUUGAGGAAAAAUGUUCAUAAAUCUCCUGGAGAGAUCCCGAGCGCCUGCAUGAUUUUCUGCAUUGUGCCUGCUGCAGGCGUUUGCGCUGUCGGUUUACGUGAUGGGGCUUUGUCGAACAACCCGACCGUUUACCAACUUGACUUCCCUAUAAACAUUAUUGGGGGGGGGGACUUUACUAAUCGUUAAAUUCUGGUUUUGUUAAGUGGGGGGAUUUCAAUUUAUUCUUAUGGUUUUGGGAAAUGUUUUAGGACUUUUUCAUUGGGGGGAUGAUAGCUUUGCUUAGUAACUUUUUGGGAGGGUGUACUUAAUUAAUAAAAUGUUUCUGGUCUUUUCUUAUUAUAUUUUUAGGGGGGAUGCGGUCGCUUUCCUUAUUAAUUUUUUUUGAGGGGGGGAGUUACAACUUACAUUACUUUAUAAACUUUGAAGUAAAUGAAAGCAUGACAUCACUCCAUCAUCACAGUGGACUGCACGUUAAAGAUUCCGAAUUGUGUGCAACGACGGCUGGCUGGCCAAGUUGACCCAGCGCCAGUUGCCUGACUGCGCGCGCACAUGCACGACGUCGACGCAUCUAACAUUAUUAUCACCCCACCGGCGUGUAGGGAAGGCAGUAUAGCCCAAAUGGCAAAUUAAGUGACAAACACAUGACUAGGAAAUCAAAUUAUUGUUCAAGUUAAUUAUAAUAAUUGCAAGCUCUGGUUUCUGGUAAGGUGCGAGUUGUCUCGUACGCGAUGGUACUACGAGUAAGUGUUGUUCGAACUAACACGGCCCGAACGCCGUUGGAUGGUUUGAACCAAAGGUUUGAACUGUCUGGCCGACCAUUUUGGACCAGGCCCAGGGGUACGGUCGCACCGCUGGUCAUCAACAGCUGAUUUCAUUUAUCAUUACAGCUGAAACAUUCCCAUGAAAAUAACUGUACGAGAUUUCACGCUGCGAGAAUCGGAGACAACGGUGAAAUGCGAGUAACGACGAGAUUUCAAAAAUUGACCAACUGGGGUCGUUCGAGAGUAACAGAAUUUGGCAUGCGCGUGUUACAAAGCAAUUGACUUUUGGCCGAACUAAAGUGCGUGCCCAAACUUGCCCCUCGGUUUUCUUCCUGGGAUGACAUCACAAUUGCUCAUGAAUACGGAAACAUCAUUAGCAUAAACCAAAAAAGGUAGUAAAAUGCCCUUUGAAAUAGGGAAACAAACAACAAUUGAAAAUAAGGUUAACUGAGACACAAAGGUGCAUUUUGAAGGUUUGUAUUAAACCAAAUUGAUUACAGCUACCUUUUAUACACGAACUUGGCCCUCUUGCGUACACAAACAUGCCACCAAUUUGUUUUCAUUAAUGUAAACGUAUACAUGUACUGACUGAGACAGGCACAAGGCCGAAAGGGGUCCCUUUCCCUUUCCCAAGGAUGUCCAAGUCUUGUAGAGGCUCGGUUAGUUAAGUUUAGGAUGUUAUGGAAAACAGGUUACAAAGAUUUUCUGAGUUGGUGUACAAUAAGAAUAAGGCCUACUGUUCAAGUACUCGAUCCAUUGAUUUCUACGAUACUGUUUUGCUGUGUGUCCACAUUAUAACAAAGUGUUGUCGAAUACUUCACUCAAGGAUAGUUCUCUUAAAAUGACGGAAUGCUAGAGGCCGGUUUUAUAGUACAUGCAUAAAAAUACAUUGUGGCAUGCCGGUCUAUUUAUGUCUGAACUAAGUCCCCAGGCUCACUAUCUACAGGAGUCUUUAUUGAAAUAUUUUGGGCGUCAAGUUCGUCUGUGUGGUUGAAUUUGCCCAUUAUUUCAGGAUCAGUGAGCCUUUGGAAAUCACAGGUCACCUUCCUGUCGAUUUCUUAUUCUUUUCGAGGCAUUUCACCCUUUUUGUUAGGUUGUGCGCACACCUUAACAGGGUAAAGUAUAGUUUCUGUGUUAUAGUAGAAUAUUGAUAAUGCAAACUCAAAGUUUGCAUGAAUUAUACCGAACACGCACAUAAGAAGCAACGCGCCAAAAAGAGGUGGGUCAUUUUCUCUCUUCAAAUAUAGGCCUUGAUGUUCACAUGAGCUAUGUGCCAGCAUUAAAUAUCUGUAAAUCUUUAGUACUGUAAACAUGCAUGUCCGAAUGUACCCGACUUCCACUUUCGUUUCAAAAGAGCUUAUAUAUACAUAACAUGCAGAUCAUAUUGGGGAUUCUUGUGUUUUGAAUUAUUGCAGAUGUAUCACGAGUCACAAUUGUCUACGGUUUAAUACUUUUUUAUCAUUUCGUUAUGAAUAAUUUUAAUACUAGGCGUCACAUUUUUACAUUAUCGGUUCAUAUUUCUGAUCACAGUAUUUGCUUUGAAAAAUGAGCAAUGCAUUGAAACACCGUGAUUUGCCAUCCUUUACGAUGAGGAGCUAGUACUAACUAUGUAAACGACAAACGUAACCAAAUGAAAAACCCCCAAGUUUUUUUCGCCCGCCGAAUUUUGCACUGAAUUAACGCUGUCCCUAUCAUUGUUUUACGCAAUAAAACAUGCGCACUGAGGAAACUUUUUUUUAGAAGCACACCGGUAGCUGUUUACUAUAUGAAGGAGGCAUAGGCACACCUAAUGGCAAAAUCGAUAUGACGAAGGAAUGGGAUACAUGUAAAUGGUGUAAUCUCAUUAAGAAGCAGCUACAGUUGUGCUCAAAAAUAUCCAUGUAUCCCCUUUUGAAAAUAACAUACCUUUAUAAAUUCUUCAUGUGUAAAAGCUAUUAUGUUGGUACUUCCACUAUAUCUUUUGUCUAUUUGUUGCAGUACACGAACCCACAUGUGUGUUGGCUAAACUUCAUUUGCAUAACAGAU